AUGCCUAGCAAAACUUUAGUAUCGGGUAAUGAUGCAAGGCGUGCUGAUUUUGACAAGAUUCUCCAUGGCGCAUCGUCCGAGUCCCCGGGCGGCUUGCGUGCCAUGAUGGGCAAGGACCGAGAGGCCAACGAGGUGGCAGUGAAGGAGUAUUUCCGACACUGGGACAACAAGAAGGCCCAGGACGAGGCGGAGGCCGUCCGCCAGGCUCGAGCAGAUGACUAUGCCAGCCUGACUAGACAGUAUGGCUUACUUGCCACCCCCUUCUUGCACGAUUGUGGCAUUUUUGGUGUCUACGAAUGGCUCAUGACAGAGUCUUACGAUGAUGAGGACCUUGAGCAUCGCCGCAUCAGACUCGAUAUUGAACAGGGAGACGGUAUCCCGCAGAUGUUUGGGGUGCGUGAGGGGCUGGCGGCUAUAAGGGAGGCCGGCUUUGAGCUGGUACACCAUGAGGACUUCGCGGCUUUGGACAGCGGUCCCGGGGUGGUGGCGCAUGCGUUUUUGCAAGCCCUUGAGAUGGCGAGGAUUGUGCCGUCUGGCACAAGCCCAUUUUUUGUUCCAAUAAUUCAAGUCCAUCAACCGUCUCCCUGGAUACCGGACACACCUACGUAA